UGGCACUUCCGACAAAAGGCAGAGUCAUCAUCGACACGACAGUGGGCGAAAUAUACAUAGAGCUAUGGUCCAAAGAAACACCUAAAGCAUGUCGAAACUUCCUUGCACUCGCCAUGGAGGGAUACUAUGACGGGGUCAUCUUCCAUCGGGUCGUUCCAGGAUUCCUCGUCCAAACGGGAGACAAGACAGGCACUGGUGGUGGUGGAGAAUCGUUCUACGGCGGACAAUUCGAGGAUGAGAUUCACCCGCGAUUGCGAUGGGCUCACCGAGGGUUGGUUGGAAUGGCAAAUAAUGGAACCAAGAAUUCGAACGAUUCACAGUUUUUCAUCACGCUGGGCAGAGCUGAUGAACUACACGGGAAGCAUACCCUGUUUGGGAGGUGUAUGGGGGAUACAGUAUACAGCGUCAUGAAAAUCGGAGAGAUGGGACUGGACAAGGAGGGACGGCCUGUAUAGCCACCCAAGAUCAAAUCAAUACGCAUUGUCGACAACCCUUUCGAUGACAUUGUGCCUCGGAUAACAGCUGAUGAAAAACGAGCUCAACAACGAGCGAGGGAGCAGGCUCAACGCGAAAGAGAAGAGGAGCAGCGGAGAAAGGGUGCAAAGAAGAAUGUGAAGUUGCUGAGCUUCGCUGGAGAUGACGCAGAGGAAGAGGAGGAAGAACCAGCCAUUGCCAAGAAGCCAAUUUUCCGUCCAGAACGGGUCGACGCCGGAAAGACGAAAACGAAGACCGCCGUCCCAGACUUUGUGACACAACCUUUAGCAACUACAUCCAAACUUGCCCUUGAAACCGAAAGGCCGAAGGAGAAACCCUCCAAGAAAAAGGAGGAGGAUAUUACCAAGAUUCGAGAGCAACAUGCCAAAGAAAAGGCUGCGUCAGAGAACUCACGGAAAGCUGAGAUUGAAAAGAUGGAGGCUGAAAUCCGCAUGCUUCAAAAACGACGAGAUGGCAACGACAGUGACGAGGAGUUGGCUCGCAAGAAACCCAAAAAGUCAUACCUCAGUGAGGAGCUCGCCAAGUACGCCGGCUCACGUGGGGUUCACAAGAAGGGCAAAAAGAGGGAUGAAGGCGACAUCAUUGCUGCUCUGAACAGCUUCAGAGGGAAACUACAAGACACAAUGAUCGUGGAUGACGCUCCGGAAGAGCCCGCACCCGCGGACGGUGCAGAAACCGAGGCACCACGCAGGGAAGGCGGGACGGAGGACAUGGAAGUCGACGACGACAGAGGGUUCAUGAGCCACGCGCUACACUUUCCGAAAGGUAACACGGAAGAGACGGAUAAGGCUGAGCGAGAUUACGAGGUCAUCGACCCGAGGCAAAGGAGUGCGAAGGCGAGGAGCAGGAGAGAAAGAAGGCGGCGUUGAA